AUGAGUGGGGACAGGACUAACAAGAGCAGAUACGGGCUACGAAACUACCCGGACCCAGAAAUGAAAGAGGACACACCGGCUAACGAAGUGGAGCUAACAGCGGAACAACAUGGCGACCGUAGCAUUAGCAUGGACAUGAUUCGAGAAGCAAUGAAAGAUGCCAUGACCUCGUUUCACACAGAAAUCAAGAAAGACCUGGAAAACUUCCGUUCUGAAAUAUGUGAGGAAAUGAAGAAACAAACGGGGGAACUAGCGACUGAAAUGAGUCAAAAACUUCAUGAUACCAACAUACGAGUGAGUGCGGUGGAGGAGCGGAUACAACAGGUGGAGGACAGCAUGGCCGAGUCCGAGAGAUGGGAUAUCGGAGUGAAGAACACGCUCGUACAACUACUACAGAGCCAGCGGGCUCUCCAGGAUAAAGUCUCGGACCUGGAGGGCCGUGCGAGGCGAAACAAUAUCAGACUGUACGGCGUGCCUGAAGGCUCCGAGGGCACAUCCAUGGUGGCAUUUAUCGAUAACCUUAUCAAGAGCGAGCUUGGAGGAGACGCUCCCAUGGACAGAAACCUUGGCAUCGAGCGUGCCCACCGUGCAUUAGGACCCAAACCACCUGCCAGUGCCCCACCGCGCUCUAUAAUAGUCCGCUUCCUCAGUUUUUCAAUCAAAGAGACCAUACUCCACGCAGCUUGGAAGAAGACGGUACGAAUCCAGGGUAAGCAAGUGUACUUUGACCACGAUUACGCACUGGAGGUGCAGAAAAGAAGGAAGGAGUACAUCCCUAUUAAACGCGCACUGAAAGAGAAAGGGAUUCGUUUCCAAACUCCACUCACCAAGAUGCGCGUCUUCUACACGUCGGGAAGCGUCCUCUACGACAGCGCUAUCCAAGCCGCUGAGGAUCUGCGGAAGCGGGGCAUGGACGUGGACCGGGUGCCUGUCACCGCGAGGAGCAACCUGACUACGGAGGAGACGCUGGCACAGCUGCUGCCGUGGGAAACGCAGACAACGCGCCGCGCAGGCUUCCAGGAAAGUAUCCGUGAAAAGCUUAAGGUGUUCCGGAGAGAGGGAAAUGAGACUGAGUAA